AUCAAAUUCAUAAUUGAAAUGUCGAUCUCGCUGUUUAUUCGAUUCUCCUUAAUAAAAAUUCUAUCUCCAUCGCCUUGUCCCACUCCCCCCACCCCACCCCACCCCUCCCAACUCCGCUCCUGCUUAUUCAAUUCUCUUUAAUGAAAAUUCUAUCUACAUCGCUGCGUCCCCCUCCCCCCUCCCGACUCUGCUCCUGCUUAUUCGAUUCUCCUUAAUGAAAAUUUUAUCUCCAUCACCGUGUCCCACUCCCCCCUACCUCCCCGACCAACCGACUCCACUCCUAUUUAUUCUGUUCUUCUUAAUGAAAAUUCUAUCUCCGUCACCACUCUCCCCCCGCCCCCAAACCCACUCAGCCCUCCCUACCCCAUUUUCUGAAUUGAUAAGGACAAUAUCACCCUUUAGUACACACUAACACACCAUGCCUCUUGACCCACCACCCACUAACACAUUUUAAUCACCUACUUUCUUCAAUAAAUACCAAUAUCCACAAUCCCAACUUCAAAUUAAAAAAAAAGCACCUCACAAAAAAAGAGUGUUCCAGACUUUUUUCCCACACCACUAGAACCAUGGAUAGAUCCAAUAGUGUCAAUAAUAGAAGAGAACCAUACACCUCAAAUGAAUAUGAACACACAACAAAUGGUACCAAAAAAAUUACUACUCAACAAGAAUUAUUACACCAACAAGAUGAUGAAUCAAUACAAUCAACAGAGAGGAUAUUUGAGUCCAAAGAAGUACCAUCAUGGCAAAGUCAAUUAACUUUGAGGGCAUUUUUUGUGAGCUUAAUAUUGGGAAUAUUAUUCACUUUUAUUGUCAUGAAGUUGAGUCUUACUACUGGUAUUAUCCCUUCACUUAAUGUAUCUGCUGGACUUUUGGGGUUCUUUUUUGUCAAGACUUGGACUAAGUUUCUUGAGAAAUCUGGUGUUUUAAAACAACCAUUUACUAGACAAGAAAAUACUGUUAUUCAGACUUGUGUUGUUGCAACUUCUGGCAUUGCCUUUAGUGGAGGUUUUGGAAGCUAUCUUUUUGGCAUGAGUGAAGUUGUAGCUAAGCAAUCAACAGAAGCAAAUGCUGCAGAUAAUGUCAAGAAUCCUUCUUUGGGAUGGAUGAUAAGUUUCCUUUUUGUUGUCAGCUUUCUUGGACUUUUUUCAGUGGUUCCCCUUCGUAAGAUUAUGAUCAUAGACUUCAAACUGAUUUAUCCGAGCGGCACUGCAACUGCUCACUUGAUCAACAGUUUCCACACUCCACAAGGAGCUAAGCUAGCCAAGAAACAAGUAAAAGCUUUGGGAAAGUUUUUCAGUUUCAGCUUCUUAUGGGGUUUCUUCCAGUGGUUUUUUACAGCAGGUGAUGGUUGUGGAUUCAUCAAUUUUCCCACGUUCGGUCUCAAAGCCUACGAGAACAAGUUUUACUUUGAUUUCUCCGCGACAUAUGUUGGAGUUGGGAUGAUAUGUCCAUAUCUAAUCAACAUAUCGUUGCUCGUUGGAGGGAUCCUUUCAUGGGGUAUAAUGUGGCCUCUAAUUCAAGACAGAAAAGGUCAUUGGUACCCUGCCGAUCAAAGUCCUAGCAGCCUUCACGGCAUACAGGGUUACAGGGUCUUUAUAGCGAUAGCUAUGAUCCUUGGUGAUGGUCUUUACAACUUCAUCAAAGUACUCGGACGAACAUUGUAUGGUAUAUAUUGUCAAUUCCGCGAGAAAAGAGCAGGUUCCGUCCUUCCUGUUGGUGUCCGUGCAUCCCCUACAGACCCUUCGCUGUCUUAUGAUGAUCUGAUACGGACCGAGCUUUUCCUCAAGGAUCAGAUCCCUACAUGGAUUGCAAUAGCCGGUUAUGUUGCCAUUGCUAUCGUCUCCACUAUAACACUACCACACAUUUUCCAUCAACUUAAGUGGUACUAUAUUAUCGUGAUAUACAUUUUUGCACCGGUACUAGCCUUCUGCAAUGCUUACGGAUGUGGUCUCACUGACUGGUCACUGGCAUCAACUUACGGGAAGCUGGCAAUCUUCACGAUCGGGGCAUGGGCAGGGUCUGCUCAUGGUGGUGUUCUAGCAGGAUUAGCUGCUUGUGGUGUCAUGAUGAACAUAGUCUCAACUGCAUCCGACCUAACGCAGGACUUCAAGACCGGUUACAUGACUUUGGCUUCUCCUAGGUCCAUGUUCAUAAGCCAGAUAAUCGGAACAGCAAUGGGCUGCGUCAUUUCCCCUUGUGUAUUUUGGCUCUUCUACAAGGCCUUCCACAACUUAGGUGUUCCCGGUUCAGAGUACCCUGCCCCUUACGCUCUAGUUUAUCGUAACAUGUCCAUCUUGGGAGUCGAAGGCUUCUCAGCACUACCAAAGAAUUGUCUCACCCUUUGCUAUGUGUUCUUCCUCGGAGCUAUUGCAAUCAACGCAGUCAGAGAUGCUGUAGGAAAAGACAAAGCGAAGUACAUUCCUCUUCCGAUGGCAAUGGCUAUACCGUUCUAUCUU